GCUUUGGAUCAUAAACGAACACCAUACACUUUUUUUUCAUGCAACCGUAAUGUGGUGGACUAGAUGCUCAAUGGAGUAGUAACCACGUACUUAGAUAGACCGUGGUAGCUUAUUUCCAUAUUCAGGCUGAGCAGAUACGAAUAAUUAGUGUAAUGAUGGGAAUUAUUCAGAUAACCGGUUACAAUAUGGUAGAUACCAAAUACUGAUACUUCACUGAACGACUAUACUUUGACGCAUACUGGGUAAUGGAAGCAACGAGCAAUGUAGAACAUCUUUAUGUCGAAGUUUUCAGGUGGCUGCAAAGAAUGGUACAAAUUACCGAUAAAAGACUGCACACUUGUGAAUACUGUAUGUAAUCAUUUCAUCAAAAAGACAGUGGAAUGUAUAACGGUGACAACGUACACGUGUGUAAGUACUGUAAGAAAUCGUUCCGCUACAAGAGCAGUCUGGCUCAACAUUGUAUAACCCAUAGUGGCGAGAAAUCACACACUUGCAAGAAGUGUAGAAAAUCGUUCAGCUAUAAAAGCUCACUGAUUAGACAUUUAAGAAUUCACAUAAAUGAAGGCACGUACUUCUGUGAGAAGUGUGGGAAUACAUUCCGUCAUCGCAAGAAAUUGACAGAACAUUAUAGAAUUCACAGAAAAAAAACAUAUUGGUGUAAACAUUGCCCUAAAUUAUUCAGUCACUUAACUACGCUGUCUAAACAUUUAAAAUACCAUGUUGUGAAAAAAACGUACAAAUGUGAGAAGUGUUUGAAAUCAUUCGAAACGAAAAGCCAUCUGAAUCGACACAGUAAUAUUCACAUAGGUGAUAAGUUACACAGAUGCAAGUGCUGUAACAGAGCAUUCAAUCACAGAGGCACCCUGACUCGACACAAACGGAUCCACUCAGAUGAAAGACCAUUUAACUGCGAGCAGUGUGGAAAAUCAUUCCGUCAUAAAAGGAAUAUGACAGAACAUUAUAAAAUUCAUUCUGGUGAAAAAUCAUAUAGCUGUGAAGAAUGUGGGCCAUGCACAUUUUUUCAAUGUGGGAAAUCUUUUAUUGAAAAAAACACACUGAAAACACAUUUUAUUAUUCAUACUGGUGAAAUGCCAUUUAGUUGUGAGCUGUGUGGCAAACCAUUCAGAUACAAAAUACUAAUCUAUAUUUUAGGGUUUUGUGGAUUUUUGAGCAUCAUAGUUGUCGCACCUGUUUAA